ACUCUUGCAAGUAUUUGACUAUCAUCUUUGUAGAUCAAGUGUUUUUAUCUCUAGAUAAUAGAUAAAUCUUGAUUCGAUGAAAAGUCCAAAGGUUGGCUGAUUAUCAUCAUCUGUAUUAUUCUGUGGUGAGGUAAAUCCAGAAUAUCCAAGUUGCCUAUUGUUUGUUAUACGAAACUAAAAUGAUUUUCAGGAUUUUUUCCCCAUUGUUUCAUCCAAUCAAACCUGUUUCGGUCCCGUUCCGUUCUCUUGCUGUUAAGCGAGAAGAUUUUUUUGAAAAAUCUGAUGAGAUAGUGAAAGUGCAAACCUCGCAAGACGUAACUGGACUGUUUGUCUUAUCAUUGAACCACGGGAAGAAACGUAAUGCAUUGAGUGAAGCUAUGAUUUCUCUCAUGGAGCAAAGCUUGUCAUCUUUGAAAAGUGAUCGAUCAGUCAGGUGUUUAAUCCUCAGAAGUCAGGUCGAUGGUGUUUUUUGUGCUGGAGCUGAUCUUAAAGAAAGAUUUGAAAUGGAUAACCAUGAUGUUGGGCCUUUCGUAGAAAGACUAAGAAAUCUUGCUAACAACCUGUCCGAAUUGCCGUUCCCAACCAUAGCCGCUAUUGACGGUGCAGCUUUUGGAGGUGGUUUAGAGUUUGCUUUGGCCUGUGACCUGAGAGUAGCAUCUUUGAGAGCUAAAUUAGGCCUUGUUGAAACUAAAUUAGGAAUUUUGCCCGGAGCUGGGGGAACGCAGCGAUUACCUAGAUUGAUUGGUUUAUCAAAAGCAAAAGAUUUGAUUUUCACUGGAAGAAAAGUUUCUGCAGAAGAAGCACAUUCGAUAGGAUUAGUCGACUAUUUGACAUCGGAUGAAGAUAAAGAAGAUAAAGAAGCCGCUUUCAAUCGAUCAGUUGGUUUGGCUAAGGAUAUUUGCAGUUCGGGUCCAUUAGGAGUCAGGUGGGCUAAAUUUGCGUUAACGAAAGGGAUCACAGUUGAUAUACAUUCUGGGAUGGCAUUUGAAAAAGCUGCAUAUGAUCAAAUUAUUUGGACCAAAGACCGAGUUGAAGGAAUGAAAUCUUUUCUGGAAAAAAGGAGUCCAAACUAUAAAGGCGAGUGAUUUUCAACAGGUGAUUUAAUACGAACACUACAAACCACUACAAAAAAUAUAAUUUGUUUGAAAUUGAAUUUAUCUUAUUUAUAAUAAAGAAACGUUAAGCAAAAACGUAA